GCCACAAAAUAUUCAGGCUGUGAAACCUAACGUCAAUGAAAACUCCAUGUAUAAUCAUUGCCACAAUUACACAUAGGCGUAGCAUACAAUACGUACAAGGGUGACAAAAUGAGCGUAUUGAAAUGACAAAAAAAAAACGGUACGAAGUGAUGUUCUAUAAUUUUUCACUUAUAUUAGUGCAAUAUCUAGUUCAACUGGAAUACCUACGUGAACUCUGUUAA